AUGUUCGCUGAGCCCAGCUACCUUGGGUCCUUUGGACUGGAAGACCUAAGGCUCCUUAAUGACAAACUGAAUGCCGAGGUAGUUGAGCGAGUGAACGAUACACAGGAGCUGGUGAUGCUCAACAACUUCGCGCACGAGAGCAAUGAGUUUCAGUUCAAGAAGUGCUUGCAAGAGAGGAUAUCAGACAUCGCGUCCUGGCGCUGGGUGCUGGAAGACCUGACGAAGCGGCUGACAGAAGCAUCGGCAACUCUCGAGUAUGAACUGAAUGCUCUACACGUGGUCGUCACCAGGCUGAAGAAUGAAAUAGAAGUACAUUCGCAAGACAGGAGUAGACCUGGAGUCCUGAGUCCGCUGUCCGACAGCGUUGAAGAUGCUAUCUUGCAGGAAUUUGAAUUCCUCCGCGAGCAAAAGAAAAGUUUCGAGAAGAUGACAAAAGUUGUAGAGGUGCAGAUUGCUGCUAUUGAUAAGACCAAGAAGAGGAUAGCAGCAGAUAUCCUGCAAAAAGAUCAGGCGCUGUCCGUGGAGGAAGGUUGUGGGAAGAUCACUUGUGCGAUGCCAAGUAAAUGCGAAUGUGUACCAAAGCGAAGUAAAAAAAAGAGAAAGGCAUCACCAGUUACCCGCUGGGAGAGGCGCUGCGUAAUGUUGAAGACGGCUGGUCUGCGAGCCCUCAGUAACGCCAUUAUUGCUAGACAACAGGUGCGUGGAGCGAGGGUUCACCUCUCCAUAACCGCGCAAGCAUACGGCGCAAGAGUAGACGCGGCGCUCCGAAGACGUUUGAACUCAAAUAAGGUGAAGUUGCAAGAUAUCUACUGGCAGAAAGAAGAGGCGAUGCGAGACUACAAAGCUCUAGAAGAAGAAUUGACAACAACAGAGCAGAAUCUUCUGGAAACGAUGGAACAAGAGCGUGUAGUUGAGGCAAGAAUAGCCGACCGCUCUAAACGGCCCCCUGGAGAAUUCACCAGGGACGAGGUGGAUAGGAAGCUAAGGGAUGAGCUGGGAAGAUUGAGGAACUUCACCAAACAGUUGAAAAACAACCAUGAUAGGAUCAUUAAUCUGCAACACCACUUAACGGACUGUAUGACAAGAAUCGACUGCUGUGCCGAAGACAUCUUGCGUGUCCUUCGUUUAGACAACGAUAGGGUCACUCAAAGGCUUGGAGAGGACCCUGCGGAAUUGCCACCGCCACCUCCAGUCACUCCCACCAUGACUAUGACCGUGACACCGGCCAGUGACAGUGGAGAAAACCUGCCUCUAGAAUGCGGAUGCGAUCCUGACUAUGACGACUCGUGCCCAGAGACAGAUGUGUACAAUGACUCAUCAACGAAAGCUCUCCUCGAAGCAUCUUUGCAGUGUAUUCAAGAAGAAGACGAAGACUACGAUGAAGACUACCCUUUUGAAGAUUAA